CCUUAGUGGCCGGCCAUUGAGCGAGAGCAUUGCCACCAAGUUUUAAAAGGGCGGCCGCGCCGGAGUACCUAACCAGAGCCUCACGCACACGGUGGUUCCGCUCCCUUGCGGCGAUUUUUUGAAUCAAUCCUCCAAGAUUCCCCCGCCAUCUUUCUCUAUUUUGCACGCAACAUCCUUCUCUCUUUCUUCCUCCAUCUCUCUCUCUCUCUCCUCUACUCUCACAUGGCUUCCGAGGAACAGAUGUGUGCAAUCAAGGGCGCUAAAGUACUCAUGGUUGGUGCCGGUGGUAUUGGCUGUGAGCUUCUGAAAACCCUUGCCCUUUCUGGCUUUCAAGACAUUCACAUUAUUGACAUGGACACCAUAGAAGUGAGUAACUUGAACAGACAGUUUUUAUUCCGACAAUCACAUGUCGGGCAAUCUAAGGCCAAAGUUGCCAGGGAAGCUGUCUUAAAAUUUAGGCCUGGAAUAAAAAUUACACCUUACCAUGCCAAUGUUAAGGAUUCCAACUUCAAUGUGGAUUUCUUUAAGCAAUUUAAUGUUGUUCUAAAUGGGCUUGACAAUUUAGAUGCUAGGCGACAUGUGAACCGCCUUUGCUUGGCAGCAGGUGUUCCAUUGGUGGAGAGCGGGACAACUGGUUUCCUUGGACAAGUCACUGUGCAUGUGAAGGGAAAAACUGAAUGCUAUGAAUGUCAGCCUAAACCAGCUCCUAAAAGUUACCCGGUGUGCACAAUUACAAGUACUCCUUCAAAGUUUGUUCACUGUGUUGUAUGGGCAAAAGACCUGCUCUUUACCAAGCUUUUUGGGGAUAAGAAUCAGGCCAAUGAUCUAAAUGUUCGUACUAAUGAUUCCUCUAGUUCAUCAGCAAAUGAAGAUGUUUUUGUGCGUAGAGAAGAUGAAGAAACAGAAGACUAUGGGAGAAGAAUAUAUGAUCAUGUUUUCGGCUAUAACAUUGAUGUAGCAUUGUCAAAUGAGGAAACAUGGAAGAAUCGCAACAAGCCUCGACCUAUACGCAUCAAAGAUGUACUGCCAUUGGAUGAGAUUCGGCAAAACGGAAAUGAAAAGAAGAAUUCAAAACCCAGCGAUCCCUCUUCAAUUUCUGCAAUGACACCACUGGGUCUUAAAAAUCCUCAGGAGAUUUGGAGCCUGAAAGAAAACACUUUAGUAUUUCUAGAUGCACUAAAACUAUUUUUCUCAGAAAGGAUCAAGGAUAUUGGUAACUUGAAUUUUGACAAAGAUGAUCAGUUGGCUGUGGAAUUUAUUGCUGCUGCUGCUAAUAUUAGGGCAUCUUCCUUUGGUAUCCCGUUACAUAGCCUUUUUGAAGCAAAAGGUAUUGCUGGCAAUAUUGUUCAUGCUGUUGCUACAACGAAUGCUAUUAUUUCUGGGUUGAUUGUGAUUGAGGCAAUUAAGGUGCUGCAAAAUGACAUAAAGAACUAUAGGAUGACCUAUUGUCUUGAACAUCCUUCCAAAAAAAUGCUUCUUAUGCCAGUCGAGCCAUUUGAACCCAACAAAACUUGCUAUGUGUGUUCUGAGACACCUUUGACACUUGAGAUCAACACUCAUUCUGCAAAGUUGAGAGAUUUUGUUGAGAAGAUUGUAAGAGCAAAGCUAGGGAUGAAUUUGCCUUUGAUAAUGCGAGGUGCAGCACUUCUUUAUGAAGUGGGAGACGAUCUUGAGGAAGACGAGGUUGCAAUCUAUGCUGCAAACCUUGACAAGGUGCUAUGUGAACUUCCAUCUCCCAUUACUGGUGGUACCAGUGUUACAGUUGAGGAUCUUCAACAGGAGCUUAUCUGCAAUAUCAUCAUCAAUCAUAGGGAAGAGUUUGAUGAGGAGAAGGAACCUGAAGGCAUGGUUCUAUCUGGAUGGACUCCAACUUUGACUACAGAAGAAAAUAAGAACAAGAGUCCACAUGACAAUGGUGCAAGCUCAUCAUCAACCACUGCUCAAACCUCUAUACCUCUGAAAACCAAUGGGGAUGGUGAUGACGACUUUGAAAUCCUUCCUUCCGGAAAGAAAAGGAAGUUUCAUGAGACUCGCGGUGAGAAGGGGGCCGAGAGGAACACAGAAGAACUUGAUGACGACGGGGAUGGGUUCGUCAUGCUUGAUGGAAAAUCUGACAGCGGCAAGAAACAGAGGGUGGAAUUGUGAUGCUGCAGUUUGGAGAUUCUGCCUCUACUCUUAUUGUAUCUUAUAUACAUUACAUAGGAGCAGAAUUUAGUGAUUGGCUUUUCUUUUUGACACCCAAGUUAAUCAUUAGGUCAUGUGCCAUUCAAUUUUAGGGCUGCUCAGAUUUUGUUCCCUAAUCAUCAUUUUAACAUGCUUCAAGUAACUGCCUCCAAAAAAUUGUACUCUUUGCC